AAAUCUUUCAUAUUAUCCGUGGAGGAUGAGGGAGAAAGGUGAAAGAGGAAGGACCUCUUGUUAAAUUCAAAGAAAUUCGUGACCGUUGAUAUAUAUGACAAUCGAGAUUGGGGAAGCAGCAGAAAACACUGUGGAGUGUGGGGAACAGCGGUACAGACAUGCUGCCAAAACCCAGAAGUGCUUAUUUGAAAAAAAAAAAACUUUGGGACUGCGAAAGCCUUUCUUAGCUGAAUUGGAUUAAUUCUCCUCAAAUCCGCCACGAACGUCCCCGUGCUGACACUCUGGCCGACAAGCACACACACAGUAGUUCUAGCUAGCUAUCUCCUCAGCGAGUGAAGUGAGAGGGAAACUCUUUGUUCACCAAGACUUUCUUCUUGUAAGCUCUAUGGGGAGUGGUUUUGCACUUAUCUUUGCAAGUUUUCAGCUGUUGCUGCUUCUGGUUGUCUGCAGAGGCGCAAAAAUUGGGGUAUGCUACGGGCGCAACGCGGACGACCUCCCGACUCCCGACAAAGCCGUACAGCUCAUCCAACAACACAACAUCAAAUACGUACGAAUCUACGACUCCAACAUCCAAGUCCUCAAGGCCUUCUCCAACACCGGCAUCGACCUCACCAUCGGCAUCCCCAACUCCGACCUCCUCCCUUUCUCUCAAUUCCAAUCAAACGUCGACACCUGGCUCAAAAACUCCAUCCUCCCCUACUACCCCUCCACCCGCAUCACCCACAUAACCGUCGGUGCCGAAGCCACCGAAUCCCCAAACAACAUCACCUCACUCGUUGUCCCGGCCAUGCGCCGAGUGCUCGCCUCCUUGAAGUCCUUUAAUCUCCACAAUCGCAUCAAGGUCUCGACUACACACUCUCUCGGCAUCCUCUCCCGAUCCUUCCCCCCCUCCGCGGGCGCCUUCGACAGCCGAUACGCGUUCUUUCUCCGUCCCUUGCUCGAGCUUCUCGUCGAGAAUCGAGCGCCGUUCAUGGUCAACGUGUACCCGUACUACGCCUACCGCGACUCGUCAUCCAACGUGUCUCUCGACUACGCACUCUUUAGCCCCUCCUCGCCGGAGGUCAUCGACCCGAACACGGGACUUCUCUACGCGAACAUGUUCGACGCGCAGGUCGACGCGGUCAAUUUCGCCCUCGCCGCUCUCAAUUUCCGCACGGUCGGGAUCACGGUGACCGAGACGGGAUGGCCCACAAAAGGCGGAUCGGAUGAGUCUGCUGCGACUCCCGACAAUGCGCAGGCUUACAAUGAGAAUCUGAUUGGUCACAUUUUUAAUAGUACGGGCACGCCAGCGAAGCCUGGGGAGGAAAUCGACACGUAUAUUUUUUCGUUGUUUAACGAGAACAGGAAGCCUGGGGCGGAGUCGGAGAGGAAUUGGGGGAUUUUUUUUCCGGACCAGACGAGUAUUUAUAGGCUCGAUUUUACGGGGAGAGGAGUACUUGGGGCUGGUGGGGGUUCGGCUGGUGUUGGGGGUGGGAAUAAUGGGACGUGGUGUGUGGCGUCGAGCAAUGCCUCGGAGGCUGAUCUGGAGAAUGGGCUGAAUUGGGCGUGUGGGUCGGGGAAUGUGGACUGCUCGGCGAUACAACCGAGCCAGCCGUGCUAUGAGCCCGACAGCCUGGCGUCACACGCGUCGUAUGUGUUCAAUAGUUACUUUCAGCAGAAUGGGGCGACUGAUGUUGCUUGCAGUUUUGGGGGAGCUGGCGUUAGGACGACUAACAAUCCGAGCUAUGACAACUGCAUCUACAUGACAUUCGGGUCCAACAAAACUGCUACUGCAGCUAAUGCAACAGCUAUGCCUUCAAAAUCUUCAUCUGUACAAAGACUCUCAUUCCCUGUGUUUGUUUUGGGUUGCUUGCUGAUAAUCUCCUUUUCAAUGUUCCUGUAACAUGCAUGUUACAUACGAGCUACUGUAUGAGUGAAGUAGAUUUUCCCUUUGACAAAGUAGAAAGCUCUUUUGAAAUAUUUCUCUGUAAUGGAGAGAACCCCCAAGUGGCAAGUUUUGUGAUGAAUGGAAAGAGACGAUGUAUGAGAGCUUGAUUUCAUUAUCCUAAUAUUGAAAGCACACAGAAGACCAAAAUGUAUGCUUGUAAAAUCAAAUCUUAUUUGGUUGCUAUUUUGAAAUGUAAAAGCUGCUGCUUUAGCAAAAUACUAUUGGUUGCAAUUGCAACUUGCAAUGUGAUACUUCUCAUUCUGCC